AUCGAUCUCUUUAGCUAGUUUAACAGAGGAAUAUACAGCGUGGUCGUUGCUGUUAACCGGAUACGUCAUAAGACUUUACACACUUUUCUAUUGUGACUUGGCGGCGAAUGAAUGGUAAAAAAGAUUUGAUUCAACGUUCGUUAUUUUGUUAUGUUAGACAAUAAGGAAAAACUUGGAUCACAACCCGAAAAUGUUGGCUUGAAAGAGGAAGCUGAUGGGAUUAAUUAUAGGAUUUUACCGGGCUCUGUCGCCAAGAAAAAUGGUAGCGAGGAAGACAUGGCCCGUAUUCAAUGGGAUAAACCGGCCGAAUUUCUACUUACCUGCGUCGGGUACAGCGUUGGGUUAGGGAAUGUAUGGAGAUUUCCCUAUUUAUGUUAUAUAUCUGGCGGAGGUUUGUUGAAAUUUUUCAACUUUUUAUUUUCUAUUAGAGAAGGAACAAAAUUCCACUAUUGAUUUAUUUACAUAUAUAAGUCGACUAUCUUUGCGUAAAACCUUCAUGCAAAGAAAAGGCUUAAACUCUCUCAUACUAAACUUCAUUCAUUCGAUAUAAAAAAAAACUACCAUACUAUAUUCGUAAAACCGCCAGUAAAUUCCCUCUUUUUCUUUCUUCUUCCUUCUCCUUCCCCUUCUUCUUCAUCUCUCUCUCUCUCUCUCUGUCUCGCUCUCUGUAUCUUUCUAUUCUUCGUUUAUCCCACUAACUAGUCUUCACGACAGCUACGACAGCAAUAACCUAUAAUCUCUCUCAUUUAUGAUUCAUUCAUUCAUUCAUUCAUUCAUUCAUUCAUUCGUUCAUUCAUCCCAAAAACUAGAUCUUUAUAAUUCUAUUAGAGUAUUGUUUUCUAGCAUUUUAAAUAUAGUAUUAGUACUUGUAUGUAUUAUUAGAUAUUUUGCAUUUGAAUAUAUGCAAAUAUAUGGUAUAUAUAUAGUGAAUAGCCCAUUUUUGCUGAGAUGUAUACAUAGUCUACAUCUAUUUAAGUGCUACACGUGUACAUAAUGCGUGUGCGUAUUAUACAAAGCGUUCACCACUCAUAUCUGCGAAUAUGUAUUUAGGCCAAUAGCUUGUUGAACACAUAAACAUAUGUAUUUUUCUAUACAUGUGUGUAUAGAAAUUUAUUAGCAAAAACUUUGUUUAUAUACUUCGCUCUAUAGUCUCGAUGAUGUCGUUGAUAUUUUUAGAAUUUCUUCUUUCCUUUCUCUUCUCUUAGAGAAUAUAUCUAAAAAUACACUAUUCCUCAUACUCUCUGUCGAUCGUGCAGCACACGCUGCUUAUAUGCUUUGUACAGUAUAUUUUCACUCCUUUUCUCUCUCUCUCUCUCUCUCUAUUUUCUCUCCUUAAAUAUUUUGUCGACAAACGACUAAACUGUCUAUCGAUUCGCUCACUUCUUACUUUUACCACGUAGGCCAAUAAUAGUGUAAUAUGCGCGUUUUAUCAAUGUUUGCCAGCUAUUUUCAUCUAUUACGUAGUAUGUUGCUUUUUUUAAUGUUUUUUAUCCAUUUCCUAGAAUAGUUUGUCUUCUACGAAUAGUACGAAUUGUUUUUGGUAUUCCACUUACCCCCCUUCCCCAUUGACUGCUCCUCCUACUCCUCUCCCCCCCCCUCCAUCCCCUCGCCAUCCUUCAUCCUUCUCAAUGAUUCUCGUUUCAGGUGCAUUUCUUAUUCCGUACACGGUUAUGAUUAUUGUUAUUGGAUGCCCCAUGCUAUUUAUGGAAUAUGGAUUUGGCCAAUUCUUUGGAAAAGGAGCUUUAACGAUAUUCAAGAAAGCCUGCCCUCUAUUUGAAGGUCAGCACCUUUUGUCCUCUAAAACUAAAAAACAAAAAAAAAACAUAAAAAACGUAAAGCACAAAUCUAUACAUCUUCUUAUUCUUUUGCCUAAAAUAAAUGUUACUCUUCAAAAGGUAUUGGGUUUUGUUAUAUGAUAAUCAAUGGGUUUGUAUGCAUAUAUUACAAUGUGAUUAUCGCCCUCUCAAUCUACUAUCUCGUCAACUCUUUCCGACCCGAGUUGCCUUGGGGAUCCUGCGGUAAUCAUUGGAACACAGAGUUUUGCAUAGCAUUAGCUAAUUCUACUAAUUCGAGUGCUAUAAUGAAUUCAACAAAUGUUAGAUUUCCUCACUUUUCUACCAUUAUUUAUCACUUUUGUCGCCAUUUCUUCUUUCUCUUCUUCUUCUUCUUCUUCUUCUUCUUCUUCUUCUUCUUUUGAGUAAUUUAAAGAAUUGUCUGGGAAGAGAGCUAAAAUUUUAAUAUAAAAAAAAACUUAUAAAAACUGUAAAAAGUGAUGAAAUCUAACAAUUUCGUUUACUUCGUAACAAAGACAAACAAAACAAGCCCGUCCGAAGAAUUUUGGGAGCACUCUCUUUUAAAUAUUGAUGAGAAUCAUUCAAUUGAAAAUCUUGGAUCAAUUCGACCAUUUCUGUGCCUUUCGUUACUCGCCUCUUGGAUUCUUGUUGUCCUCUUCGUUUCGAAAGGGAUUCGAUCAACCGGAAAAGUCGCCUACGUAACCGCCACAUUUCCUUACUUGAUGUUAACCGUAUUGGUAACUAGAGGAGUGACUUUAUCGGGAGCAACAGAUGGCAUUAUGUAUUUUUUAACACCGCAAUGGAGUAAACUAGCCGAGCCUUCCAUUUGGUUCAAAGCAGCUUCUCAACUCUUCUAUAGUACGAAUAUUGGAUGGGGAGGAAUGAUUACCAUGGCUUCUUACAACAAGAAGAAGCAUAAUUGCCGUAGAGAUGCUAUAUUUAUCAAUUUUAUAUCGUUCUUCACCUCCCUCUACGCCGGUUUGGCCGUCUUUUCCAUAAUUGGCUUUAUGGCGGAGGAGAGCGAUUCAAAAGUGGAGGAGGUUAUCAAGAAUGGGCCCGAAUUGGCGUUUAUAGUCUACCCGAGGGCUUUGUCACUUAUGCCGAUACCUCAAUUGUGGAGUGUUCUAUUCUUUAUUAUGCUGUUUACGCUUGGUAUAGGAAGUUUAAUGGUGAAUUUGGAGACGGUUAUGACUGGUCUGAGCGACGAACUUCGUAUCGUUCGAAAAUAUAGAUUUACAGCCACCUGUAUAGUCGCAGUGUGUAUGUUUCUUCUGGCCCUACCUCAAGUCACCCAAGGAGGUAUGUACGUCUUUAGCUUGUUCGAUCACUACGCGGCAAGUUUUUCUCUCCUCUUCACUACGGUCGCUGAAUGUGUUGCCAUCAAUUGGAUCUACGGAAGUAAUCGUUUUUGCAAGGAUGUCAGUACCAUGUUGGGAAAGGAAAUUUCGGUUGUUUGGAGAGUUUUCUGGGGAGGAAUUUCUCCUGUCGUCAUCAUAGCUAUAAUUAUAUUCAAUUUAGCGACAUCCCAAGGAGCGGAAUACGGAGAUUAUACCUAUCCAGUAUGGGGAGAUUGUAUAGGAUGGUUUAUCACUCUCUCUUCUAUACUUCCAAUUCCUAUUGUCGCCGCUAUAAAGCUAAUAAAAAGUCCUGGUAAAACAUUUCUCGAAAAAUAUCGCGAUACAACAAGCGUUCCAUCCCAACCAAAAGAAACUGAACCAGAAGCUGUUGAAUUAUACAUCAUGAGAGACAACUAAUAUGAUAGAAUAGCAAAAGAUGAUAAUCAACAAGUUCAUCUCUUAAACGAGAGAAAAUCAUUAUGAUUGAUCAUGAUUUUUUUUUUUUUUUUUUUUUUUUUUU